CAGGACACAACGACGUUGACAACAAGAAAACUCCGGCCAGCAGUCAAACGACCCUUCGAAACUCAAUAUUUGGGUAUAUAUUUUAGGUCUAAUUGGUUUAGAUAUGGAUCUGUAGUACCAGUUCAACCCAUUUUCUGACAUCGGAAAUCUAAUUCAACGAUUAUCAUGCAGCAUAUAGGAGAUCAUCAGUUGCUUGCCCUUGGUUCUGAUAUGCAGUCAAACAGCAAAGAUCUGCUUCACUUGGAGGCUGAAGGCUUGUCCUUGGAAUCAAAACUUCUCUUUUGCACUAGCGAUGGCGGAUCUCAAUCCCUAAAUUUGAAACCUGAACUUUCUGAUAAGAAGCUCGAAAUUUCUUCUGUACCCAAAAGCCAAGUUCUAACAAAGGUCAAGGAUUUUUUGGGAGUGUUUUUGGAAAAUACUAGAAAAGUGGAGCUUGAAGCUAAGAAGAAUCCUGAGAAAUAUGAUAUUGAAGCUCUUACCGGUGAAGAAUCUGAAUACAUAGAGAUGGACUUAAUGUUGGGUGUCACUGAACUUCACACACAGGAGGCUUUAUCAGCUGCUGAAUCUGCAAUAGCAAGUUACCAACCAGUAAUCGAUCUGGCUACCAAUACUGAGACAGAAUAUGAAGACAGUAGCGAUGAGGAUGACAUUCAGGAUAGCAGCACCAGCAAAAGUGAUGAUGAUGGAGCUUCUUCUCUAGGAAAAGAAUCUAAACUUACGGAAAAGGAUUCUCCUAAGAAAGCAUUGAAGAGGAAGCCACAGUCCGUAAAUCGAGCUAACAUAGUUGAGCUCUCUUAGCGCUAUGGACAUUAAAUAGUUGUAGCUAUUUUUGGGGAGAAAUUCAGAAAAUAGCAAGUGUGCCUCUUUUCCAUGUUUCCUUUAAAACUUGUUUUAGUUCUACCCUUUUUAUCUCUUGAAAUGGUCGUUUUGUUUUA